AUGGACCAGGCCGUCGCCCGCAGGACCCUCCAAGAGCUCAUCAAACGCGAAGACCUCGACAACAAGAAAUGCAUCGACUGCUCAAACCCAAACCCCCAGUGGGCUUCCCUUAGCUUCGCAGUCUUCCUUUGCUUGCAGUGUGCUGGCGUACACAGAGGAUUCGGUGUCCAUGUCAGGUCCGUGUCCAUGGACACAUGGCAUGAAGAACAGAUCAGGCGCAUGCAGCUCGGAGGGAACACACCGUUCCGUGAGUUCAUGAAUGCAUAUCCCGCCGAAGGUGGCUACAAGCUCGGUAUGAACCCGUACGACUCAUACCACUCCUGGGCAGCAACACAGUACCGCGAAAAGCUUGACGCUGAUCUUGCCGGCAAGCCAUGGUCGCCUUCCUCCCCCGCGCUCGCUUCGACUCCCGGCGGUAAUAUACAGAGCCCUCCAGGGCGACCCUCGUCCGCGCAGGGCCUUCGAAAGUCGCGCGCAUCUACACGCAGCAGCAUGGCCCGCCCAGCUCGCAGCGACUCCGCGUCCCCCGCAUCCUUCAGCAGUCGCAACUCACCCACACCUACCAGCCCUGUCAGCUCCACUCCCUUCCAGGACCAGAAAGCUGCAAACGAAUCCUUCUUCGCCACCCUUGGCGAGGCGAAUGCUGUGCGGCCAGACAACCUGCCCCCCUCCCAGGGCGGCCGCUACCAGGGCUUCGGCAGCACGCCCUCCCCACAGCCGGGGCAGCAGCACCCGGCGUACGGUCUCUCUUCACGUGCGGCGCCGUCACUCUCCGAACUACAGGAAAAUCCUGGUGCAGCGCUGAGCAAGGGCUGGUCGUUGUUUUCUGCGGCGGUCGCUGGCGCGUCGCGUGCGGUCACGGAGAACGUCAUCCAACCAGGCAUGGAGAGGGUCAUGGAUCCGACCUUCCAGGCGAGCGUGCGCGGAUAUGUCUCAGAGGCGAGCAAGCGCGCGAGCGAUGCGGGACGAACUGCGAACAUGUGGGGGAAGGAUAGGUUUGGCGUAGAUGUUGCAGGGCAGGUGGGUGGAGUAGCGGGGGUGGUGAAGGAUAAGGUGACGGGCGGCCCAGCGAGGAAAGGGUACAGUUCGGUGGCGCAGGGUGGGUACGCGGGCGAGACGUCUGCGCUUUACCAAGACAAUGAGGACGAUGAGGAGUUUUUCGAUAGCUUUAGUGAGAGUACGGGUCACUCUACGAGCUUUGCGUCCGAGAGCCGCUCUACUGGGAACGCCACGGCGGCAAAGAAGCAAGACGACUGGGACGAGUGGAAGGACUUUUAG